CUAAUUUAUAAAUUCUUUUGUGUUGUGCUUGAUUAUGGAUGUAUAUAGCUUUUAUAAGCAACAGCUAGGCACUCUUAACUCAAACCAGAAGCAUUUGAUAACUAAUCUGACUUUGCUAGCACAGCAGUACGGCUCAGCAGCUAAUCAGGUUGCAGACGCGAUUCACGACCAUAUAACGUGUUUGAAGCCACAUUACAGGCUUCCUGUCCUUUACUUGAUUGAUAGCAUAUCGAAAAACCUCUCACAGCUCAACUACGCCCAGCAUUUCGCCCCAUUUAUCGCGAAAGACUGGCUCAACACUUACGCCCUAGUUGAUGGCGCGACCCGAUCGAAAUUGGAGGAGCUCGUAAUUACCUGGCGCAAUGGUGGUCCAUAUGGUAGUAACUUAUUUGGCAGGCAGGCGCAACUUGAUUGCGAGCAGAGAUUGUACGGACAAGGUGGCUGGAAGGCUUCCAUACCCCUUUCUUAUGGUCCCUCAAGAACGCUCGUAAUUACAGAGUUGCAGGCUGCACUAGAAAAAAGGAAAGUGCAUGUUCAGUAUUACCCAUACGACGAGAAAGCAAAGUCGCAUAUACACGCUUUGUCAACUCUUGAAAAGAUCCUGCUCACUACAAAUGUACCACCUGAUCAAUUGAACCAAAUUUAUGAGAGAGUCAAAUCUAUGUCGAAUGAUGCACCAGCGGGAGCAACACCGGUGGUCGCGUCAACGCCUUCAGUUCCACCUCCAUUGCCGACACCUGCAAUUAUAUCUACACCUGCUCCAGCUGUUCAGCCAGCCGCACCUAUACCCGUUGUCGCAGCUCAAUUGAAUCCCUUAUUGCAAUCAAAUACACCACCACCACCACCACCACAGCCACAGCCACAACAACCUCAAGUUGGCUCAAAUGUAUCUGGAUUAUUGCAAUCAUUGCAAGCAUCCGGUUUAUUGAAAACAGUCAAUGCCGGAAAUAGUGCUAGUACAGUAACAUCAAAGUCAAAAUCACCACAGCCAGAACAAAUAAUGGCAAUAGAUAGUCAGGAGGAUGAAGAAAAAGAAAAGGCUUAUGAUCAAGCUGUGCUAGCACUUGAUAUUGUACUUGAUAAUAAUGAUAUACUUUGUCCUAGACCGAAUCUAGACAAGUUGUUUUAUGACAGGUUGACAGUUCAAUGUCCACAAUGUUCGCGGCGGUUUGCAGAUACCAGUACAGGGAAGAAGCAGUUAGCUGAGCAUAUAGAUACACAUUUCAGGAUAAAUAGACGCAACAAAGAGGGUAGCAGAGGUGUAACGCGCUCCUGGCUGAUUGUUUUGAAAGACUGGAUGAACGAUGUAGCUGACGAUUCCGUGGCAUCUCAACGCGGUCCAAUUCAAUCACACGAGGAUAACGAGCAAACCCAACAAGCAGAGUACAAGAAGCAGCUUGAAUCAAUGACAGUACCUGUUCCUGCUGAUGCUGAAGAUGCCGCCAAAGUCUGUCCAAUCUGCAAGGAAAAAUUCAAAGGCGAGUUCAGCGAAGAAGACGAAGAAUGGGUAUGGAAGAAUGCCCUAGAAGAUGGGGAAACAAUAUAUCACGCGACCUGCCACAAUGACUCGUUCGCGAAUAACAGUGUACUUGGAAAGCGUGAAAGAGAAGAUGAAGUACCCCUGGAUAACAAAAAGAUCGCUAUAGAUCAAACAUCAUGAUAGUGCCUUUUAAUUUAUAUAAACAUUUUUG